AUGCCGACAAGAUUUUUAUUGCUGGUAAUAUUUUUUUUAUCUAUCUAUCUAUCUAUCUAUCUAUCUAUCUAUCAGUUUUUAUUGCUGGUAAUAUCUAUCUAUCUAUCUAUCUAUCUAUCUAUCUAUCUAUCUGUUUCCGUUUGUUUAUAUCUACCUAUCUAUUUCAUUCUGUUCAUAUCUGUUUAUCUCUCAGUCUGUUCAUAUCUAUCUAUCUAUCUAUCUAUCUAUCUAUCUAUCUAUCUAUCUAUCUAUCUAUCUAUCUAUCUCUGUUUAUAUCUGUCUAUGUCUGUUUAUAUCUAUCUAUCUAUCUAUCUAUCUAUCUAUCUAUCUCGGUCUGUUCAUAUCUAUCUAUCUAUCUAUCUAUCUAUCUCAUAUCUAUCUCAGUAUGUUCAUAUCUAUCUAUCUAUCUAUCUAUCUAUCUAUCUAUCUACCUCAGUCUGUUUAUAUCUGUCUGUCCAUAUCUAUUUCAAUCUAUCUAUCUAUCUAUCUAUCUAUCUAUCUAUCUAUCUCGUCUGUUAUUAUGUAUCUAUGUAUCCAUCUAUCUUGUUUGUUGGUAUACCUCUCUCUCCCCAUCUAUCUAUCUAUCUAUCUAUCUAUCUAUCUAUCUAUCUAUCUAUCUAUCUCAGCCUGUUCCUUUAUCUAUCUAUCUUACUUAGUAUUUGUCUCCCGUCUCCUAUAACGAAUCCACGUCAUCCUCAUUCCAAACAACCCAGACUCAAAUUAAUUGUUCAACUCAUUUCUUUUUUUAAAUUCAUUUUUGUCUCUCAUUCUGGACAUUCCUUACGCCUCUCUCUCUCUCCCUCUCUCUCUCGCUCUCGCUCUCGCUCUCUCUGA